AUGUCACAACAACUUCAACAAGUAUUAACUAUUGGAUCCAAUCCCAAUGUCUCAUUUUACGCAUGGAGGUUAUACCAAGUCAAGGCAGUUGAAUUAACCAUUGUUGACUCACAAUUUGAUAAAACAAGGCCGAUUAUUUGGAAAUCAACCCUGUUGGGGGCAAGUCAGUAUUCACCACACGAAGCUUACUCAUCUAUACAAGAACUCCCCAGUCACAAGAGAUAUGAUGUUGUUAUUCUAAAUUGUAAUUCAUUACAGGAUUUUCAAACAACGUGUUCAGGUUUGGGCAAGAUUAUUCAUGAUAAAUCAAUAAUUCUUGUUGAAAGUACUGGUUAUAUCAACCUUGAACCAUUUGUCACUGCUAGUUUUCCUAAAGCAACUGCAUCAUCAUUGUUGGUUAUGUCAAUCAUGAAUGAAAGUGAUGUGCGCAAGACAUCAAGAAAUACCUUAGUUCAUCAAGUUAGAAACAAGGAUUCGCGUAUUUAUUUCGGUACCACUACUGGUGGCUCAAGUAAAUUGACAUCACAUCCAAGCUAUCAAAAGAUGUAUAAACUUUUACAAUAUGUUCAAGAAAAUAGUAAUGGUGCAAUCAGCUUACUCAAGUCAAGCAAUCCAAAGGAGUUCAUGACAUAUCAAUGGAAAUUGGCCUUACCUCGCAUAGUUUUUGAUCCAGUAUUGAUUUUAUUUGAAAUUGAGUACCCUGAUUUGUUGAAAAAUCAAAUAUUGUCGAAACCAUUGAUUACUGGGUUAAUCAAUGAAUUGUUCAAACUUAUCAAAAAGAUGGAUUGCAAGUUGGUUAAAGGGUUUGAAAAUGAGGCAAACUUGUUGGAUAGUUGGUCCAAGUACUACCCAUCAAUCAAAACAAAUGAUCAUUAUGUCAAUUCACCCAAGUUGUUUUACAAUUUUUAUCACAAAUUGGAUCUUGAACUUGACUUGUUAUUAUUACAACCAAUCUUGUUGGGAGACGAUAAUGGAAUAAGAACCCCAUAUUUGGAAAACUUGUAUUCAAUCAUGUGCCAAUAUAACAAGAUUAAUCACAAGUCGUCGAUUUUUUUCAAACGCAAAAUUACUGAUGAGCCUGCAUCUGAUAGAUUAAUCACGGCAAAACAAUUGGAAGAAGAAAUCGCAACCAAAACUCAAAAGCACCAAGAAUUGGAAAAAUCAAUCAAGGAUUUUGAAGUUUCCAAAAUUAGUAUUGACAAUGAUGUUCGUAAACAACAACAAUUUUUGAAAGGACUUGAACAACAAAUUAUUGAUACCGAGACGAGAUUAUCAAAUUUACUGUAUGAAUUUGAGAAAAAAUCGAGAUCUUUGGAGUCAGAACAUGAAGCUAAAUUUAGAUCAUUGAAUCAGCAAUAUAAUGAAAGAUUACGGGAUUUGGAAUCUAGCUUUGCCAAGCAAAAACUCAACAAUAAUAGUCCACCAUUGUCUAUUCCAAUGCAACAGCCAACUCCGUCUCAAGACGAUCAAACAAAACCCAAUGGAUAUAGAGAAUCAGUCAUGAGUCAGGAUGGAUUGGCUGAUUUCAAGCAUAUAAUUCAGUAUAAUGAUGUUGUUCCUAAUGGUACUACCGACACUCCCAAGUUGGAACCACCAAUGCAACCUAGUCAUGGCCAAAGUUCAGAAAACUUUGUUGAUGCAGGUAGCGGAAGUGGUGGUGAUUUGCCACCACAUAUACUUCAAAAGGAAUUGGAAUUGAAGAGCAGAGAAGAAGCUUUGAGAGCUCGUGAGGAGAGAAAUGGAAGUGUUGGUGGAUUCCCACCUCAACGUAAUGGCCAGUACCCACCACAAUCGCAAUAUCAACCAAAUGGGUAUGCGCCCCAGCAACAACAGCACAGCCAUCAACACCAAAGUCUGUACUACAAUCAACCCGGUUACUUCAACGGUCCUCCCAAUGGCUACUCUGACCAACAACCGCCUCACGGGUUACCCAGUGGCGGAAUGCCUCCAAAUCAAUUCCCACCGAAUUUGAAAUCGAAUGGCUCAAUGACCAAUAUGAAUGGGUACCCACAACAGUCGCAACAGCAGCCAAUGCAACCACAAUACAGUGGGUAUAACCAAGCACCACGUAGGCUAAACUCUAUGCCAGGAGGAAUCAACAAUUUUCAAGAUUUCCAGCAACAACCACCAUCACAUCACCAAUACAACCCUCAACAACCACACUAUGGAAAUUCACCCAGUUUUAAUAACGCUGCUCCAAUUGAUCCAUUUAUAGAGCAUCGAUUCAAGACUACUAAAAAGAGUGGCAAUCGUCGCUCGCAAAUGCCAAUGAUGGGAAACAUUGAUGGGUUGGACAUGGGAGGACGUGGUGGAAUGCCAUUGCCUGGAGCUGGUAGAAAAUCAAUGGUUCACCAAUUUAAUUCUUCAGCAUUGCCACCAACACAACAAGCAAGAAGGUCAUCAAGUAAUCCAAUAUUGCUCAAUAGUCAGCCACUGCAACUGCAACUGCAACAGCAUUUGCAACCUCCCGCACAGCAGCAAUCGCAACUGAAUAAUCAAGAAUCCAGUGCUUCACAAUCAAAUGGUUUUUUGCAUCCACCAAAUAUGUAUAGUUCAUCAUCAUCCACCAAUACAAAUGAUACCCCAAAGACUAGUGGAGAUAAUGAUCAAGUCAAGCUACAGGUACCUGUUGUUUUAGAUUAUAAUCAAAAUGCAAAACCGUUGGGUGGUAUUGCCGAACUGAAUAAAGAAGGUGGAGACAAGCACAAGAAGAAGAAGAAAGGGUUGUUUGGAAGAAAGUAG